ACAGCAAGCAUCCACUUGUCAUCCAUCCAAGGCUUGCACUUGUCCAUCAGAUCAACUCUCCAUACUUCCAUGAGAGAUCAGCAAUGAAGUUACUGAUAGCGAUCUGCAUAUUGGCGUGUGUGUGCGCAAAGAAGCAGGAAUCGGACGCGAAAGAAAACUAUUUCCGUUACAUGAGAGCGCUGAACGGAGAUGAGGUGAGAAGCCACGGUUCGUUGGAAAAUAUUCCGAAACCAGGUGGCUUCCGAAUCUAUUAUCCGGCAAAGAAAGUCGCAAAACGCGAGACGGAAGAUGCAGAGGUAAACUUGCCGGAUGAUGAGUUCACAAAACCUUUACAAUUAGAAGAGCUGGACGAAGAUAAUUCAACAGAGGUCGAAAGUAAAAAUGAUCUCGUUAUAAAUGAUUUUAUUCGAUUCAAGAGAGAGGCUAAGGAUAAUCUCAGGGUAAAUAAAGAGGAGAGGAGCGGCAAGAUGUUGUUAAGCGAUUCGGUGCCAGAAGGGAAUAGAGAACCGAGGGGUGCCACUAAGGAGCAGUGGAUCAAACAACCCUAUCCUGUGCAAACUACUGACCCUGAUAGAAACUACGAAGACAGCGUAGCAUCCGCAAGUGAAACCGCGAGAGCUCCAAGGGUGCACUUCGUGACCCAGAGGCGAUCCGAGUCAGCGCCACCGUUGGUCUACCACUCCUACGACCGCGAAGGCAGAUCUCGCGAGCCCAAUAACCGACAAUUAUCACGAGAUCUGGAUAGGGACAUGGAGUAUUACCCGAGACCAGCUAGACACUACAACCCUUACAGAGAUCCUUACUAUCGCCGACAAGAUUACGACUACCAGUACUACGAGGAGGAUAAACCUUCUAAGCAUCGUCGGAUUAUAUAUUAUGCGACCUUGCCGGAUCUCGGUCGGUCACCUCCAAACGUCGAUCUGAGGGACAGAUACAGCUAUCGAGAUCGCUACGUGACGUCACUUCCGGUUUCCGUUGGCGCGGACAAGUUUAGGGCCGCCGGCAAUCCCUACUCGAAGCCCAGAUUUGACGAGUCCAGCAAGUCCGCUUAUCCGCUCAAAGUUUCCACGGAUGUAAAUGUCCGAGAGAUUAAGAAGAAUCCAGAACGUCGGAUUUACUCUGAUGUCGAUCGUCGGCUUGGCUACAGCUUGCCUACAAACUACAAAGAAGAAGGAUAUGAUAGCAGAUACUACCAGUAACGUAUAAUCGGAGCAUAAGUUAAAGGUAAGGGCUGAUGUCAUGGGUUAUUUAUAUUUAUUUUAUG